GUUAGUUGUAAAUCUGGUAUAAUUAACAUUCAAAUUGUUAGAAAUCAAAAUCAAAGGUUUUUAGAAGUAAAUGGAAAAGUAAGAGCUAGUGUACGACUAAUUGGAUUUUAUGUCGACCGGCACCACAAACCUAAAAGGAUCUAUCAUAUGACCAAAGCAUUUUUAAAAGAUAUUUUCAGUACAUUAAUCAUUCAACCUGUUUCAUCCUUUCUGUUUCAUUUAUAACCUGGUGUACUUUCUCCCCUUUAAGGUCUAAUUUUCACGAGUACUCCUCAAUCUUUAAAAAUUGAUAAACAUACAAAGAGAUGUGAUCACUUUAAUUGCGGCCAGCAGAGUCGCAUCAAUCGAGUGUUUUGUAAUAUAUAUGUUCAUUAUUUUUUCUAAUUUCAACUUUGUUCAUCAUAAAGCAAGAGUUUUUUACCAGCAUUGUUCAUCUUACAGUAAAAUUCUCUUUACUACUCUUGAUAUCACUGUAGUCUCAUUUUUCCAAAAAAUCCCCCUUCUGAUUAAUAUUUGACUUGAUUUUGUCGAAUAUCGGCUGAUAUUAUUGAUAAAUGUAAUACAAAUAACCAUGUAAAGAAGAUUAAAAGGGGACUAGGAAAGACCGAAAGUUUAUUUCAUGUGCUACUAUAGGUUUCCAGUAAAUCAUUUGGAUUUCUACCAACUCAUUUUUUCACUAAUAUUACUCCUACCAACUACUAAUUGGUAAUAAAAUAGUAAUGAGAAUAAUUUGAUAAUAACAAGAGCUAUUGGAAUCGUAUAAAGAGAUGUCAUCUCACAGUUGUGUUUUGAAUAAGCCUACUCGAAUCGAGUACCAGAAGCUCAAGAUCUUGAUUUUGGAUGCGCCAAACAAUUCUAACUUGAAAUUAUACAUAAAAGAAAUGUUGGAGUUUGGUGUGAGCUGUCUGGUCAGAACCUGCGAGUCAAACUACAAUGACCAGUUGUUGCUGGAUAAUCAAAUCGAAGUAAAGGAUCUGUUCUUCAACGAUGGGGACCCACCUCCCUACGAUAUUGUGACUCGCUGGCUCGAGUUAAUUCACCACUGCCUAGAGACGAACUCGGCCAUAGCAGUCCAUUGCGUGGCGGGCCUGGGACGCGCACCUGUGUUAGCCUGCAUUGCACUGGUUGAGUACGGCAUGCAGCCACUUGAUGCCAUUUGUUUUGUCCGCGACCGCAGAAAAGGCGCAAUUAACCGCAGACAGCUCGAGUUCCUCAAAACAUACAAGAAACAAAGAAGACGCAAUUACAGAUGCCUCACGUGCACUGUCAUGUAACCGAAACCCUGUCAUUGUUCUACUCAUUUGUUCAUGAUAAACCCUUUGUAUUACUAUUGUUUGUUCCUUAACUGUUCAUCGUAGUUAACGCUGUCUAUUAUAGUUAAAAUUGUCGAUUGAUGUUUAAUGCCGAUUCUCAAUUCUUAACACCUGGUGGAAGCUAAUGGUUAGAAAUGAUAAAUUGUAAAAGAAACUAGAAUUGGCAAUAGAAUUUUCAAAGUUCGGACUUUUUUUUAACUGCUGAUAAUUUCCAUUUAAGCAUAAUGUUAUGACAAUACA